AUGAAUCCUUCAUCAUCCCCAGUGUAUGAAAUGUCUUUACCUAAAUCUGAACCAGUUGAAGAAGUUCCUCAAGAACAAAUUUCUUCAAUUAACCCAAGUGAAGGAAAUCAAACCAGCCAGAUUGAUGUUAUUGUGCAAGAAGCUUUACAAAGUUUGAUGAAAUGGUCAGAUCAUGAAAGUUAUGACGACAAUUUUAAUAUGACCACAACACCAAGCCCGGUUGAUUUAGAACAAGAACAAACAUCAAUCGAAUGUUCUUCAGAUUAUAAAGAAUACACGGAAUUUAAUAUGAUUGGACGCCCCCAAGAAGCUUUUCCGCAACCUCAACAAUACCAACCAAAUCAAACGUGGAUUAACUGGAAUAGUAAUUGUAAUGGAAUGAUUUAUCAUCAACAGCCCUACAAUGUACUUCAAAGUGAUCAAAUUCCAAAUUUAAUUCCUGUUUAUGAUAAUUUUUACGUUCAACAUUCACCAUCAUCUCCUUAUAACAUUGUAACAAGUUCGACGACUUCUUCGACGAAUACCACUCAAUUGAAACAAAAACGACGAAGAACCGCGUAUUCAACGGAUCAAUUGAUAGCGUUGGAAAACGAAUUCAAAGUGAAUAAGUACAUAAACAGGACGAGACGUGCUGAAAUUGCGAGAGCGUUAAAUCUUCCCGAUUUGAAUAUUAAGGUCUGGUUUCAAAACAGGAGGAUGAAAGAAAAACGGGAAGGUUCUGCUCAAAAAUAUCCCUUGAUGAAACACGGGUUAGAAAUGUAA